UAAAUAUACAUAUAAUAUAGACUUGUUUCUUCACAAUUUUCUUACAAAUUAUAAAUAUUUUAUUAUUGCUGUAUUCGUUUUUUGAGAAUUUAAUAAUCUCAGAGCUAUUCCAUAUUCAUCAACUCGUUGAAGUAUAUUAUCAGAAACUUAAUUUGUGUCUAAUUUUAUCUUCAAAGGGUCUUUCAUAUAUCUCAGCUACAUGUUCAUUGACAGAUAUUUAUGUAGAAUUCGCCGAAGCCAUAAUGUUCCUUGAAUGCUUCCGUAGUCCCCAUAAACUCUACUUUCGUGGUGGAAACAGCAACCACGGACUGUUAGACCAUAAUUCCAAGUGCCCUUCAAGUAUCUCAAUAACUAUUUAAGGGCCUUCAAAUGUUCACUGCUCAGAUCGGACAUGAAUUGACUUACAAUGCUUAGAGCAUGAGCUAUAUUUGGUCUGGUGCUCACCAUCACAUACAUUAAACAUCAUAAGACCAUAGCAUAUGGGUAAACCGAAGGUAGAGGUAGUGGUGGUGGUGGUUAUACCUCCGGCCACCGUUUUUAGCGGAGAAAAUAUUGUAUCUCAACGUCUAUUAAGGUUGUGAGGUCAAUUUGCAAAGAUCUGACUUAUUUGGUAUUGAUCGGUUUCUAGCUAGCUCAAUCGAGGAUUUUAUCGGAAGUGACUUUAUCGGAAGACAAGUACAUAAUUUUUGGUAUAAGAGCUAAGAAGUCGAGUGCAUUACUAGAUACCUAAUAAAGAUGGCAGAAACCGCAGUUGGGUUGGUCAUAGAUAACUUGAUUCCAUUACUAGCUGAAGAAGCAUACUUGUUGAGUGGUGUGCAUAAUGACGUAGAAGAAAUCAGAUGUGAUCUAGACUACAUUAUGGCUUUCCUCAAAGACGCUGAUGUAAAAGCCCAAACACAUCAAAGCAUGGACAAUAGCAAUGGUGUUAAAGUGUGGGUUGGAAAACUAAGGAGAGCAGCAUUUGAAGUGGAAGAUGUUAUUGACGAGUACACACAACUCGUGGCACAACAGCAAGGUCGUCACAAGCAUAAAUUUAUCGGAUUUCUACGAAGAAAUGCUUGUUUGGUUAUAAAACUUAAGGAACGCCAUGACAUUGCCUCUAAAAUACAAGGUAUAAAACAAAAAAUUCGAAGUAUUAAUGAAAAAAGUAAAGAAUUUGGUUUUAUGUCUACAGUCACAGAAGAAUCUACAUCAGUAAAUGUGUGGUAUGAUCCUCGUAAACAUUCUCGCUUCCUCAAAGAAACAGAGAUUGUGGGUAUUAAGGAUUCAAGAGAUAAAUUGAUUCAAAAGGUCAAAGCUGGUUCAUCAGGGCGCAUUGUGAUCUCUGUGGUUGGCAUGGGGGGACUCGGUAAGACCACUCUUGCAAACCAAGUGUAUAUUCGAUCGAAAGAUAAUUUUGAUUGCCAUGCAUGGAUUGAGGUGUCCCAGACAUACAAGACAGUGGAGCUACUACAAAAGUUAAUGAAGAAAUUUUGUGAGGCAAGAAAAGAAACAUGUCCUGAUGGAAUUGAUACAACAGAUGAAACUACUAUGAUCACAAAAUUAAGAGGUUACUUACAAGGCAAAAGUUAUCUAGUCAUUUUUGAUGAUGUUUGGCAUACUUCUUUUUGGGAUGACAUGCGAAGUGCUUUUUCGGGUGAUAAUGAGAGAAAUGGGAGAGUUGUUAUCACAACAAGAAAUGUGGAAGUUGCUAACUUUUGCAAAGCAUCAUCAAAUGUUCACAUCCAUAAUUUAAAACCCCUUCCAUCAGAGAAAGCAUGGGAACUCUUUUGCAAUAAGGCUUUUCGAAAUGAGUUUGAUGGGCAUUGUCCACGUCACUUGGAGAAGUUGUCUCGUGAGAUUGUUGAUCGAUGCCAAGGAUUACCACUUGCAGUGGUAGUCAUAGCAGGUCUUUUAUCAACUAAACCCAAGGUUGCUGAUGAUUGGAAGAAACUACUUACAAGCUUAAGUUCGGAGUUGGAAAGUAAUGAACAUCUCACAAGCAUAGCAAAAAUCUUGUCUCUUAGCUACAAUGAUCUACCUUAUUAUCUCAAAUGUUGCUUCUUGUAUGUUGGCUAUUUCCCAGAGGACUACUCUUUUAGAAGCGGAAGAAUCAUUCGACAAUGGAUAGCUGAAGGCUUCGUGAAAUCAAAGAGGGAUAAAACAUUGGAGGUAAUUGCUCAAGAAUACUUGAUAGAACUAAUAAAUAGAAAUCUUAUUCAAGUGUCAGAGACAUAUAUUACUGGAAAAGCUAAGACUUGUCGUAUUCAUGAUCUUCUGCGUGACAUUAUCAUGAAAAAAAUGGAAGAAUUAGACUUUUGUCAAGUUUUAUCUGGAAAUGAUUCAAAUUGCAGAAUAUUAAGUCGACGCAUGUCAGUUGUCAAUGGCAGAUACGACUCUAUUCAAAACAGUGCUUCAGAACUUGCCCAAGUGCGAUCUCUUUUUGUUUUUGGUGAAGAAGGAUUGCCUCAUAAUGUUGUAAGUGCUAUCUCCAUCAAUUUUAAGCUCCUAAAAGUCCUUGACUUUGAAGAUGCGCCAAACUUAGAUCACCUUCCCAAGAAUAUCGGAAGCCUCUUUCACUUGAAAUACUUAAGCAUUCGUGAAACAAAGGUUGCAGAGUUACCAAAAUCUAUUGGAAAGUUAGAACAUUUAGAAACUUUGGAUCUGAAGCGGUCACUAGUGGUUGAGUUACCGAUUGAGAUUAAGAAGCUUAAAAAGUUGCGACAUCUUUUUGUUGUUCAAUUUGAAUUAAAUAAGGACGGCCUUUUCUCUUUUGAUACAAUAAAAGGAGCAAAAGUAAAGAAAGGAAUUGGACAGCUAAAAGCUUUGCAAAAGUUAUAUUACAUUCAGGUGAAUGUUGUGGGAUUUAACAUAUUUGAAGAGUUGAAAAAGUUGACAGAGUUGAGAACGUUAUGCAUCACUAUGUUGAGAAGUGAAGAUAAUAAAGAGUUUUGUGACUGUGUUCAGAAGAUGAGUCAUCUUGAAAGCCUUUCAGUAAUUUCAAUAACUGAAAAUGAGAUAAUUGAUUUGGAAUCCAUUUCUUCCCCUCCUCAAUAUCUUCAACGUCUCACUUUAGAAGGGCGUUUGAGGAAGUUGCCCAAGUGGAUUACAAAACUUAAUAAUAUUGUUAAGAUUCAGCUAGUAUGGUCGAAACUGGAAGAUGAUCCACUGAAUGUGCUUCAAAGUCUUUACAAUCUUUUGAAUUUGGGACUUUCAUUAGAUGGAUAUUGUGGAGAGAAACUCCAGUUUGAGAAAGGAGGGUUUCCAAACCUUAAGAAACUUGAACUGUUUUCAUUGAGUAAAUUGAGUUUGAUAGUAAUUGAAGAAGAAGCAUUAUGUAAUCUUGAAACGUUGGAGAUCGGGUAUUGCCCACAGCUUAAGGAGGUGUCAUGUGGAUUCCAACAAUUAACAAACCUUAAGAAUGUUAAUUUGAUGGAAUUGCCGACAACUUUCAUGGUGUUACAAAAUUUUAACAUCUUCCAAAGUGCUGGAGCACACAUUGAACACUUUUCCAGAGUCGAUGGAAAAUGGCAGUGGUGGCAAUGCGAAUGGUUGACACCUAUCUUUGAAUCGAUACGAGGACUUGAAUUGGACUGGGACUCCAUUCCUUUUGAAAACAUAAUGAGGGAGAUUAUAAAGUACAAGAAUGUAAGUUUAGUGGUUGCCGAGAUUAGUAAGUGGUUGCCGAGAUUGCCUCCCAACUCUGCAGGGCUGAGUAUGAAAUUCAGAAAACCGAAAAGAAAGUUCAAACCGAAAUUGGGGGAACCGAAAAUUAAAAAAAUCACUAACGGUUAAAAUCGUCAUUGAAUGGUCGGUUUUAUUUUCAUGAGGGGAGAGAAGGUUACUCCCUAAUCAGCUGAGGAGUUUGCUAUAGUACUCAUCAAUAAUUGUGGGGCUGCACAAAUCUAUUUACUUGCUUUCCAAUUUUCUUAUUUGAGAUAUUAAUAAUUAAAGACAGAAUUAUGUUUAUUAAUUAUUUAUCAACUCUGUUUGUGUGUUGUGUGCUUUUGCUUUGGUUUGGUUAGAUUUGCUAUGUAUAAUAAAGCUACAUAUUUGUGGAUUUGAUCCCUUUAAUUAAUAAUUUGUUUAUUAAUUAUU